AGUAACGUUAAUUUAGACCUCCUUUGCUCCAGCUGGCUUUUACUAAUACAGCCUUCAUGAAUAAUUUCUAAAUGGGGGUAAGAUCAUAGCGUUAAUUAGCCAAUUAGCUACGUAACGCUGGUUGUAAGCGUUGACAGUUCGCCAGCCUGGCGAAACCCUGCGUGUUGUGUCCACUGCACUGCCCUUUUCACACUAUUCACCGAGACGGGACGGUUGCAGAGAAAGGGAGACAAGGGCAGAGAGAAGCAAGGCGAUGUCAACACUACAAGACACAGAGGAUGCCAGUGAAACAGACCUUGCCAAGCAUGAUGAGGAUGACUAUGUGGAAAUCAAAGAACAAAUAUACACAAAUAAACUGGCCUCCCUGAAAACACAGCUGCAGCAGUUACAAGAAGGUACACUGCAGGAGUAUCAGAAAAGGAUGAAGAAGUUGGACCAGCAGUACAAAGAGAGACUCCGAAAUGCAGAUCUUUUUCUCCAACUUGAGACAGAGCAGGUGGAGAGGAACUACAUCAAGGAGAAGAAGGCAGCAGUGAAGGAGUUUGAUGAUAAAAAGGUGGAACUGAAGGAAAACCUAAUUGCAGAGCUGGAGGAGAAAAAGAAGAUGAUCGAGAAUGAAAAAUUGACAAUGGAGCUGACAGGUGAUUCAAUGGAAGUAAAACCUAUCAUGACUCGGAAGCUGAGGAGACGGCCCAACGAUCCAGUCCCGAUACCAGAUAAAAGGAGGAAACCUGCACCAGCUCAGCUAAAUUAUUUGUUAACAGAUGACCAAAUAAUGGAAGAUCUAAGAACACUUAAUAAACUCAAGUCACCAAAACGACCAGGUCAACUCGACUCGACACGGCACAGUUUAGUGUCCCCCUCGUCUCCAGAACACGUCCCCACAGCUCCCAUGGACAACCCUUCACAGCGCUACGAGGCACGCAUCGAGGAGGGGAAACUUUACUACGACAAAAGAUGGUACCACAAAAGCCAGGCUAUUUACUUGGAAUCAAAGGACAACACAAAGAUUAGCUGUGUCAUCAGCUCAGUAGGAACCAAUGAGAUUUGGGUGAGGAAGACAAGCGACAGCACAAAGAUGAGGAUCUACCUGGGACAGCUGCAGAGAGGAGCAUUUGUCAUCCGUCGACGGUCUGCUGCAUGAAACAUUACCCCACCCAACGCCCAUCUGUUCAUUUAUCCAUUCAUCUACUCGCUCAUUCUUCUGCCAUUUUCCUAUUGGCUGCGUCGGAGUCCAAUUUGUCAUGUGGCCUCAACAACCACACACACACACACACACCAACAUACAGUCUUCUUUGACCAAGGAUUGUUUUCCCGCUGUACAUUAAACAAAUGCGUGUACAGUAACAGUGGUCAUACAGACAAUUAGCGACUGUUUUUCAGCAUUAUUUGUCACUAUGUGGCAUGUGUAUGACAGAAGUUAGCGGUGGUAAACAAGGCUACCGUCUUUUGCUGUCAACAUAAAUCUUUCCUACACAGAUGUGUUCUCAUUUACAUUUAACAUUAAGUUAUUUUGACCAACAGAAACUUUCUUUACGCCUUCCGAAUUGUAAUCAAGCAAACACAGAAUUCACAUUUUGUAACAGGAUUUGUGCUACUGGAAUUACAAAAAAAACAAAACGGAGCAAUGGAUGUGUAUAAUAAAAGAAAUAGAGAUAAGUAAUUCAUCCCUUAUACCACGAGUAAUGUCCUCUUUGCACUCAUCCACACAUGGUGACCUGCUCUGCUCAGAUGAAAAAAAGAAAAUCUAUUUUGAAGAUUUUAUGUUAAAAUGUUUGUUAUUUUUCCAUCCUCUCCAUAUGUGAACAAUCUCCGAUACUUCAUCUGUAUUUGCAUGCAGAGCUUUACGUUGACUGUUGAUUUGUACUGUUCCAUUUUAUUAAAAUGUUUUCUGUCUUUUA